UGUUCAAACUCAGAAGUCAGACAGUCGGUCCUCAACAGAGGUGCACUUUUACGUUACUUACUUAAUGUGUUUAUAACACGCUGACAACAACAGUGUCGCUCUUGUCGAGCGCAUUGAAUUCAAUGUAUUUUUAACCCGCAGGAUACCAGUUUUGGAAACUAAAUUAGUUUCUGUUGGACUUUGGUCGCGUGAAGUUGUUCAAACAGGCACAGCAAGGUGUCGCGAGCAAAUCAACUGGAGUGCUGGAAGCGGGGAGGAAUUUUCCUUGAACCAGUUCUCUGUCGGUUUUGUUGGAGUGUGACUGCUGUCAUGUACACUUAGACAUUUUACAUGUUCUUUGACAGAAAAGAGAGAGUAAGCUUAUGCUACCCUUCAUCCUCCUCGCUGGAUAUCUAUGGAGAGGGGGUCCUCCUGUAUGCUCUCUCGCAGCUCUUGGAGUUACUUGCGGCCGAAGCAACACCGUGAGUGUUGAAUUCACCGACCUGGAUAGCAGAGACGACACACUUAACCUUAUUUGAAUGCCUUUGCAAGGAGUUUGCUGGUUUCUGUGCUGCAGGCAGGGCUUUAAUUUGCUCGGACGGGACUAUGGGGAGAAAGAGGAGGAAGAGUCUUUUGAAUUGCGCAACAAGGAGGACUUGACUCCCAAUGGACGGAGUCCAGCUGAGGUGACUGUUUCUCAACCAACUCGAACAGCCAAUGGAACAAAUGGGCACACUGUGUCAGAGUUGUCUGAAGAGAUGAAGAGCCUGAUCAUUGAGAAGAAUAAGAUGGGCCUGGAGGAAGACCCUGAGCUGCUGGUCAAAGGGUGGCUGUUGCGGGAGGUGCGAGGCAACUGGAUCAAGCAGCGUCGGUACUGGUUUGUGCUGAGUCAGGACUCCCUCGACUACUACAGUGGACCAGAGAAAGGAGCCCGCAGACUAGGCACGCUGGUCCUCACCAACCUUUGCUCUGUCAUCUGGCCAGACAAGCAGACAUACAAGGAGACGGGGUACUGGAGCAUCACAGUAUAUGGGCGAAAGCACUGCUACAGGCUGUACACAAAGCACUUCAACGAGGCUGUGCACUGGGCAUGUGCCAUCCAGAAAAUCAUUGAUACCAAAGCACCUGUGGAAACACCAACACAGCUCCUGAUUCGAGAUAUUGAGGAGAAUAAGUUCCACCCUGAGGUAGUGGAGCACAUCUACCAGCACAAUCCCAUCCUGAAGUACACCCAGGGCCCCUUGUACGCUCCUCUGCUGCCCUUCCCCUACGGCAGCCUGGAGCACACAUACCAUAGCGGAAAAGGCUACGGCUCGGUGCGAGAGGAGGCCGUGAAGCUCUUCAACUGCCUGCAGCAGCUAGAAUCGGCACGGGAACCGAUUCCCAUCAUCCAGGGCGUGCUGCAGACCUGCUUGGACCUGCGGCCCCUCCGCGACGAGGUCUACUGCCAGCUAGUGAAGCAGACCAGCUACACACCUGCCCCGUCCACUGCUGCACACCUCCGCUACUGGCAGCUUCUCACCUGCAUGAGCUGCACCUUCCUGCCAGGGCCCACUGUGCUCAAGUACCUGCGAUUCCACCUUAAGAGGAUCCAGAGCCAAAGUCCUGAGUCUGAGAUGGAUAACUAUGCGUCAUUUAUCAGCGAGGCUCUGGAGAAAACCAAGUGUCGGGAGUGUGUGCCAUCCUGGGAGGAGAUCCAGAUGCUGAUGAGCCGACAGGAGAUGCUGUGCACUGUGCACUAUCCUGGCCCCGGGUCCUGCCAGCUCUACAUCAGCUCACACACUACUGCCAAUGAGGUGGUUCGAAGGAUGCAGGAGAAGCUCAGCCUGCAAGACAGCAAGAACACGUUUGCACUGUACGAGCAGAAUGCACUGUGGGAGCAGCCAGUUGCAGGGAGCUCUCUGAUCGCAGACAUCCUGACCAGCCUCUCCACCAAAGAGUCAGAGUCUAAAUCCCAAUGGAAACUGUGUUUCAAGCUCUACUGCCUGUUGGAUGCUGACAGCAUAUCAGUGGACAGCAUUGAAUAUCUCCUCCUCUUUGAGCAGUGCCAUGAGAUGGUGGUGCGUGGCCAGCUGCCAGCCUGUGAAGAGGACCUGCAGGCCUUGGCUGCCCUGAGGCUUCAGUGUCUGAUGGGUGACUUCAGUACACAUGCCCCCUGCCCACCUCUGGACGAGCUUUUCCCAGGUCACAUGCUAGAAGCUCGAGUCCUCGUGUCCCUUUCUGCAUCCCCAGCCCUCCCGCCAUGUCAGGUGGCGGCCCAGGGCUGCCCUGCAACGCAGCUCUUCCCCACAGGCCUUCUGGCAGGGACGCUGUGGAGCCACACAGCUACAGCAGCGCACAAGCACAAAGUGGAGCAGGACAUGCGUCUGCGGAGCCGACUGAAGGAGGAGGCAGCGGCUGUUAUGGGAUCCAUUUUGGAGCAUUGGAAAGGUCUGGCUGGCUACAGCCGGAGGGACAGUAUUGCUGCCUACCUCACAAUUGCACGCCAGUGGUCGGGCUUUGGAUGCACUCUUUAUGAAGUGGACUUUUAUAUUAGUUCAACAGGAAGUUUUUCCCAGAAGUUGUGGUUGGGUGUAGCUGCUACAUCCGUGUCUCUGUAUCGGCAGGGAGAGGCAGAGGCCCUGGAAUCCUUCCCAUAUGGCCAGAUCUGUUCCUACGGCAUAUCUGAUAGCAACACCUUCAAAAUCACAGCUGGGGAUCGGGAUCUGCUGUUUGAAACCACCAAGCUGACUGAGAUCAUGCAGCUGAUGAAUGCGUAUUUCAGUGCCAUCCGUCACCAGCGAGGGAAAGGAGAAGAUGCGGACAUCACUAUAACAGAAAGCACAGAGCUGGGAUUCCAUCACCUGGCCUCCACGCUGACACCCACCCUCCUGGAGUUGCCCUCGCACCCCGUUUAAGACGGACCCAUACCCGGACACCCCCAACCCCCCCACCGUCCUCCUCCACGUGGCCCCUAUGAGGCCCAGCCCCAGUCCUCAGGACACCACGCCUCCUCCACUGGGAACGGCACGGCAGCCAAAACAAAGAGAGCGCUGUUUUCGCUCCCCAUCCGUGAAAAUAAACCCUUGCUGAGCUUUCCAGCUGAAGGAGCUGGCCGAUGGAGGAGGAGGGGGGCGAGGAGGGGACGGGAAGGCAAGGGGUUCUGUUUUGCAAGUGAGGCCAGAAACCCACAGAAACCAGUGCGGUUGCUGAUGAGCUGUCACACGCCCUCCACCCCAUCCUGUCACGCAACCACCUCUGUUACC